GCCCCGUGUCAUCCGCCAGUAUAUGUAUGAGUUCUAUAAAUACUUAUAACGCGUUUAAACAUCAUAUAUUGUACCACGUUGACCGAGUCAUUGUUACCUGCUGUGGCGUUCGCAGAUCUUUAAGUUCGCAUUUGCACAGUCUCACACUUGGAUCGUCUGUAUUUUUUUUGUUUGGAUCAGCUUACAUAAAAAAAAAUAACAAUCAUGUCGUGGAUGGAUCCGCCUCCUCAGGCUUUCGAAAUGCAAGAAGGUAUAACGCUCAGCAAGGAUCAGCUUAAAGUAUUAAGGAAAGCAUUCGACACGUUUGAUACGGAGAAAAAAGCACGGAUCACUUGCGACAGCAUCAACACGAUUUUGGAUAUGUUGGGCCACGCAACUGAUGCCGCCACAGUUAGAAAUAUUGUACAAGAAAUAGAUCACCAAGGAGCCGGUACGCUGUCGUUUGACCAAUUCUGCACUUUGGCCUCCAAGUUCAUGACCGAAGAAGAAGAAGACAGCGAAGCCAUUAAAACCGAACUCCGAGAAGCGUUCAGGCUUUACGAUAAAGAAGGAAACGGAUACAUUACUACCGAAGUGUUGAGAGAAAUACUUUCAGAACUGGACAACAACAUGUCCGACGAAGAAUUGGAUCAGAUGAUCGACGAGAUCGACGCUGACGGAUCGGGAACCGUCGAUUUUGACGAAUUCAUGGAAGUGAUGACUGGUUAAAUCGACGGACUUACGUUUAUAUCGUUUAUAAGUCGCAACCUGUUGCUUUAAAUGUCAACAGCCUUGAGUGGGGUAUCAUUUUGUUGGUACGCAACUACGUUAUUCAUCAACAUUUGUUUUUUAUUUACUUCCAAUAAGUAAAAUUAUAAUUUUGCAAAUUUUAAAUAGACAAUAACUCUAUUAUAAAUAAUUUAUAAUGUAUUAACCGAUUAAUUUAUAAUACAUCAAAUUUAAUGUAAUGUGGGUAAUUUUUUAUUGUUUUAUUUAUUAUAUUUAAUGUUCUGAA